AUUGGGCUGGCCCAUUAUGGUUUUGGAGUGCCAACUUGCGGGCCCAAAUUCACACCCUCUCCCACCUCCGUCGAGACCCGAGACUCAAGAGACCUCGUCCUUCCCCUCCCGGUGCCCAUUUUCUCCCAACGUCCCGCCGCCGCCCCGAGUCGACACAGUCCUUAACUCGUCAUUCUUCUCCAAAGCACCCAUCGGCCGCCGCCACUCUCGAUGCAGUAGUAGCCAUCACUCGCAGCCUCAUUACCUCUGCCUCUUAGCCAGUCGUAUCGCCUCCCGCCGCCCUGCUUCCCAUCUCCUCCUCCGGCCUCCCAUCUCGCUCACUGCAAGUUUUCUAAUUCCACAGGGAUAGUAAUCACUAAUCAAGCAUGUUGUUGGCAAGACUUUUCGGGAGAAGGCUCUUUGCUGCUGCUGCUCAUUCUGAAACUUAUUCAACAACAGCAGCUGCUGCUGGUGCUACAACGGCUAGGUCUGGGCAUAAUCCUCUUGAGGAAUUCUUUGAGAAAGAUAGGAUCCAAGAUGACGAUAAGCCUAUCGUAUAUGGUCGAAGUUGGAAAGCUUCUGAACUGCGGUUGAAGUCUUGGGAUGAUUUACAGAAGCUAUGGUAUGUCCUUCUAAAGGAGAAAAACAUGCUGAUGACUCAACGUCAGAUGCUUCAUUCUCAAAACUUGAGAUUUCCUAAUCCCGAGCGCUUGCCAAAGGUGAGGAAGUCAAUGUGUCGCAUCAAGCAAGUGCUCACCGAGAGGGCAAUUGAAGAGCCCGAUCAAAGGAGGUCUGCGGAGAUGAAGAGAAUGCUUUCAUCUCCAUUCCACAAAUCCUCCCCGGAGAUGGGUUUCAUCAGCUCGUCUCCAGCAACACUUGUUCUUCUUUUACUGGUGAUAAGCAGCUGCUGCUUCUCCUCAACAAUCGACGCCGGCGGCAUACCCUCGACUCUGGAUGGACCAUUCAAGCCUGUCACCAUCCCUCUGGACACAAGCUUCCGCGGCAACGCCGUCGACUUGCCGCCCACCGACCCUCGAGUGCAGAGGAAUGUCACGGGCUUCGUUCCUGAGCAGAUUUCCGUCUCCCUCUCUGCCACCCAUGACUCCGUUUGGAUUUCUUGGAUCACAGGGGAUUUCCAAAUUGGGGAGGAGAUUCAGCCAUUGGACCCCAAAACUGUAGCGAGCAUGGUGAAAUAUGGAACCACCAACUCGUCAUUGAACAAUGUAGCUAAUGGGAAUUCCCUUGUUUACAGUCAGCUGUACCCUUUCGAAGGACUCCAGAACUACACCUCUGGAAUCAUCCACCAUGUUCGUCUUCAAGGGUUGAAUCCGAGCACCACUUACUUCUACCAAUGCGGCGACCCUUCCAUAUCAGCGAUGAGCGAUGUACAUUCGUUCACCACGAUGCCAGCUUCGUCCUCGCAGAGCUACCCUACCAGAAUUGCCAUCGUGGGAGACCUGGGUCUCACUUACAACACCACUUCCACAGUUGACCAUAUGGCCUCCAACAAUCCUGAUCUCAUCCUGCUGGUUGGAGACGUCAGUUAUGCCAACCUGUACCUCACGAAUGGAACCGGCGCAGAUUGCUACACCUGUGCCUUCCCCGAUAGUCCGAUCCACGAAACCCAUCAGCCUCGUUGGGACUACUGGGGGAGGUACAUGCAGCCGGUGAUCUCCAGGGUCCCGAUCAUGGUGAUCGAAGGGAACCACGAACUAGAAACGCAGGUUAAGAAGAAGGUGUUCGAGUCUUACAGCGCUCGAUUCGCAUUCCCUUCGGAAGAGAGCAAAUCACACUCCACGAUGUAUUACUCUUUCAAUGCCGGAGGGAUUCAUUUCUUGAUGCUCGGUUCCUACAUUGGUUACCACAAGAAAUCACAUCAGCACAAGUGGUUGAAGAAAGAUCUGGCUAGCGUCGACCGAAAGGUGACACCCUGGGUCGUGGCGACAUGGCACGCGCCUUGGUACAGCAGCUACGCCGCGCAUUACAGAGAGGCAGAGUGCAUGAAGGUCGCAAUGGAAGACUUGCUUUACAAGCACGGGGUCGAUAUGGUCUUCAAUGGACAUGUACAUGCCUACGAGAGAUCGAACCGCGUCUACAACUACGAGCUCGAUCCUUGCGGACCGGUUUACAUAACCGUGGGCGACGGUGGGAACCGAGAGAAGAUGGCGAUCCCACAUGCUGACGAGCCUGGUAACUGUCCUGACCCGGCCACGACACCGGACCAGAUCAUGGGAGGUUUCUGUGCGUUCAACUUCACUUCAGGACCGGCGAAAGGCAGCUUCUGUUGGGACCGACAGCCGGAUUACAGUGCGUAUAGAGAAUCGAGCUUCGGCCAUGGCAUUCUGGAGGUGAAGAACGAGACUCAUGCGCUGUGGACAUGGCACCGGAAUCAGGACAUGUAUAGUUCUCCAGGGGAUCAGCUUUACAUUGUCAGGCAGCCAGAGAAGUGCCCCGUUAAAGCUAAGAGGAGGUCGAGAUUGGACAACCCCAAGAAUCAAAGUUAGAAGCUUUUUCGUUGGAUCUAUCAUUCCUUCUGUGACCACAUAAUAAUUUGUUUCCCCUUUCUAAGCCCUUAUCCCUCUUAGGGCACAAUAAUUCUACAAUGUAUCCCAUUCAAUUCAUUAGCCAUAGUAAUGUUGUGCAACUUUCUUAUAUUAAAUUCGAG